AUGGCUAAAAACAGCCAUCACCCUGAUCAUCAUAUGCAUGUUGGAGUGAUUCUUGAUAUGGAGUCACCAGUUGGGGAGAUGGCCCAAAAAUGCAUGACCAUGGCCAUCUCUGACUUGAAUGCCACGCCCUCGCAAAAUAACCAUCCCCUGAAGUUGAUUCUGCAUCCUAGGAAUUCCAUGGGACAGCCUCUUAAAGCUCUAUCUUCAGCUAUGGAGCUUUUGGAGAAUGAACAAGUUGAGGCACUUAUAGGCCCGCAAACAUCUGAAGAAGCCGAGCUUCUGGGAGAACUGGGAGAUAGAGUGCCUAUCAUCUCGUUUUCUGCCAGUUGCCCAUCCUUGUCCAGAGAGAAAAAUCCAAACUUUAUCCGAAUGACAACUAAUGAUAACUCCCAGGUUGGAGCCAUUGCUGCUCUGGUUAAAAAAUUCGGGUGGAGAGAAUUGGUCAUAAUACAUGAGGACAGUUCCUAUGGAAAUGGAAUCAUACCCGAUCUUCUUCUCGCAUUACAUGAAGGCAAUGCUCGUGUAGCGCAUCGAACCGUCAUUCCACCACAAGCCAGGGACAUAUAUGUAGAAGCCCAACUUUAUCGACUGAUGGCUCUGUCUGCCAAUAUAUUCAUCGUCCACAUGUCUCCUUCCCUCGCAUCUCGGUUUUUUAUUAAGGUUAAUGAGUUGGGAAUGAUGAGUACAGGCUAUGGUUGGAUUGUGACUGAUGGGAUAGCAAACGAGCUGUCUGUGAUGGAUCAGUCGGCUUUAGACUCGAUGCAAGGAGUCAUUGGAAUUAGACCUUAUAUUCCACCCUCAAAGCGGCUUCAUAACUUCUCAUUGAAGUGGAGGAACAGCUUUUUCACAAACCAGCAUCAUCAAAUUCCUGAAGUAAAUGUGUAUUGCUUAUGGGCUUAUGAUUCUGUCUGGGCUUUAGCCACAGCAGCACAUCAUUUAGGUGCUACAACUUCUAUAGAGAACAAAGAUUCUGCAAAUAAGUUUGCUCAUCUGGCUGCCAUUCCCCCGAGACCAACAGGAUCCGAUCUCGUCCGCACAAUUCUACGUGCCAAGUUCACAGGUUUGAGUGGGGAAAUUCAACUUAAGAAUGGACAGAUGCAACAACCGCUAGCAUUUGAAAUAGUGAAUGUUUUUGGAAGAGUCAAGCGAAUCGGAUUUUGGACCCAAUUUAAUGAGAUAACAACGAAGCUAGAUAGGUCUACUGUUGCAGUUCAAUCACCCUCUGUGAGAGACAUGGGCUCUAUUGGAUGGCCUGGAUCAUCCUUGGCCAUACCAAAAGUUCAACGGAUUAUGCCAAAGGCUGGGAAGAGAUUGAGAAUUGGAGUUCCAAUUAAAGUAGGUUUUAAAGAAUUGGUGGGAGUGGAACUUGAUCCUGUGACAAAUGCGACAACGGUAACAGGCUUCUGCAUAGAUGUGUUCAAGGCUGCAAUUGAUAUGUUGCCCUAUGGAGUAACUUUGGACUUCAUCCCGUUUACAAAUUCAAACAUAUUGAUGGGUGGAAGCUAUUAUGACAAUCUGAUAUACCAAGUUUACCGUCAGGUGAUCUUACAUGAACCUAGUAUACCUUGA